GGUUGCCACCUGUCGUUUUCACGACGUCAAUUUGCAACUUUAAUGGCCGUAACUUCCUUUUCCGGAAUCAGCGCUUGCGCGAAUGAGUUUGCUCCCAAACUAAAAUUGGCGAAAAAAUCAACAUGAUGGAUAAACAGCAGAACCCGAACGCAAACCCCAAAAACCAGCCCAAUCCCAACGUGCGUUUUGAUGGCAAUGCGCAGCCGCUAGUGCAUCACUAUCCGGAUGAUCCCGGUGUCCAUGGCACUGCGUAUUUGCCAGUGGUGUAUUGGCCAUACUACUACAUACACAUACCAAAUGAGACAAGCAACUCCGUUGUGCGUUUUGGCAACACGCGGGGCUUCUACCGCAACGGCUGUUGGUACAAUAGCGAAUUAGGUCAUCCACCUGCCCCGGCUCCACCGCCACCUACUGCUCCUCCGCUGUACGUCUUCCUGCUGGUCUAUGUGACGUUCGUGCCAACGAACGAGCAACAGCAACCACAGCUGUUCCUCGAAGUCCAGCAGCCACAGGUCAUUGAACUCAUACAGCAGGUGCCUCCACCUCCACCUCCACCACAACCGCCAUCAGCGCCACAUUCCCAGUUUGUGCCAAACGAUUUUCAAAGGGAGGCAAUCUAUAUGAUGCCCGAGCAGCAGCCCCAUUACAUUCCUGCACAGCAUCCGCAAUCACAAGCUUUUUAUGCGGCUCCACCGAUUCCAGCUGUCCAGGAACUUCCAAAACACCCUUCGCCACAAUAUUUUCCGGUUCAAACCGAUUUUGCUCCACCGCAGAUGCAGAUGCAGAUGCAGAUGCAGAUGCAUCAAGGAGUUCAGAAAGCCGAACAACAGCCACCUUCAACACAUUCUACUCCACAAAACCCAGUUCCAUUAGCAGUAGAUCCUGCUCCACCGCAGAUGCAGAUGCAUCAAGGAGUUCAGAAAGCCAAACAACAACAGCCCCCUUCAACACAUUCUACCCAACAAAACCCAGUUCCAUUAGCAGGAGAUCCUGCUCCACCGCAGAUGCAGAUGCACUUACCAGUUGAUGGCGUCCACGAUCUACCCUUACAACAUCUUACGCCCCAUCAUCCAGCUCCAUUAGCAGUAGAUCCUGCUCCACCGCAGAUGCAGAUGCAUCAAGGAGUUCAGAAAGCCAAGCAACAACAGCCCCCUUCAACACAUUCUACCCAACAAAACUCAGUUCCAUUAGCAGUAGAUCCUGCUCCACCGCACAUGCAGAUGCAGAUGCAUCAAGGACGCAUUCAGAAAGCCAAACAACAGCCACCUUCAAAACAUUUGACUCCACAAAACCCAGCUCCACCAACAACAGAUCCUGCUCCACCGCAGAUGCAGAUGCACUUACCAGUUGAUGGCGUCCACGAUCUACCCUUACAACAUCUUACGCCCCAUCAUCCAGCUCCAUUAGCAGGAGAUCCUGCUCCACCGCAGAUGCAGAUGCAUCAAGGAGUUCAGAAAGCCAAACAACAACAGCCCCCUUCAACACAUUCUACCCAACAAAACCCAGUUCCAUUAGCAGUAGAUCCUGCUCCACCGCAGAUGCAGAUGCAUCAAGGAGUUCAGAAAGCCAAACAACAACAGCCCCCUUCAACACAUUCUACCCAACAAAACCCAGUUCCAUUAGCAGGAGAUCCUGCUCCACCGCAGAUGCAGAUGCUGAUACAGAUGAAUCAAGGAUGCAUUCAGAAAGCCAAACAACAGCCACCUUCAAAACAUUCGACUCCACAAAACCCAGUUCCAUUAGCAGGAGAUCCUGCUCCACCGCAGAUGCAGAUGCAGAUGCAGAUGCAUCAAGGACGCAUUCAGAAAGCCAAACAACAGCCACCUUCAAAACAUUCGACUCCACAAAACCCAGUUCCAUUAGCAGGAGAUCCUGCUCCACCGCAGAUGCAGAUGCAGAUACAGAUGCAUCAAGGACGCAUUCAGAAAGCCAAACAACAGCCACCUUCAAAACAUUCGACUCCACAAAACCCAGCUCCACCAACAACAGAUCCUGCUCCACCGCAGAUGCAGAUGCACUUACCAGUCGAAGGCGUCCACGAUCUACCUUCACCACAUCUUGCUCCGCAUCAUCCAGGUCCACUCAGCAAUUGUGAGUUUGGAUCUCCGCAGCCGGAGCUAAAGAACAUACAGUCCAAGAUCCAGAUCACCGAUAUGUCAGCAGAAGCGACAACUGAGGCACCAAUAAUCACUGCCCAUCCGAAGCCAGUUAGUCAGGCACACAUCACUAACUCCCCACCGGAGCAGGUGCCCCCGUGCCCACUGGCCACCAGUGCAGCCUGCGCCUCUGGAGGAGCAACUAUGCUAGAAAACAUCUGUAGCAAAAUGAAAGUUUUACAAAUUACUGCGCCGCCCAAAAAACAACUCGGGAUCCAAAAUCAAAGGUCCCAGAAGCCAAAGGUCUUUGAGAAUCAGUGGCCCGCAUUGGGUAGCCGCUUGCGCAACAACAAACAGGCUGCCAGAAAGGAUCCUCUUCCACUGAAAAGGAGUUUCCCUAAAUCAGCAUCAUCUUAUUCAUUCAACUCACAAGUUCAACAGACUAGCACCAAGAAAUCUGAAGUCCCAAAAACACCAGUAACCCAAAAGCAUCAAUUACCCAAAGAAAACAGAGUUUGUGCUUUUCCACCGAAGAAACAACGUUCACAGGAUCAAGUUAAAAAGGAAAGCUGCUUGGUGCCUCAAACUUUGCCUUCUGCAAAGAACAAAAAAGUUAGUAUGCCCACGCCAUUGCCGAAGGAAAAGAAAGUGGUCAAUACUACUGUGAAAACGUCAGUUGGUAAAAAACCUGAGGAGCACAAUGUACAGCCCAAGCGAGAAAUCCCGAUGACCACCGACAUAAAAGCUCUGGGAUCGAUUGGUAUUAAGGUGGAAAAGAAAGUGGUCAAUACUACUGUGAAAACGUCAGUUGUUAAAAAACCUGAGGAGCACAAUGCACAGCCCAUGCGAGAAAUCCCGAUGACCACCGACAUAAAAGCUCUGGGAUCGAUUGGUAAUAAGGUGGAAAAGAAAGUGGUCAAUACUACUGUGAAAACGUCAGUUGUUAAAAAACCUGAGGAGCACAAUGCACAGCCCAAGCGAGAAAUCCCAAUGACCACCGACAUAAAAGCUCUGGGAUCGAACAUGUUUGAGCUGCUGGUGGAGCCAGAUUCGCUUUAUAAGGAGGAAGACAGCGAAAACGACAGCGAAGGAGACACUUCAGAGCAAGAAGAGCCAAAGGCGGAGGAGGUGCGUCCAGCAAAGCCCAGCAGCUCCAAGAAGGAGAAGCGGCGCCUCAAGAAACAGAACACGGCUCUUAAAAAGGAAAGCCUAUGCAAAAAGCGGGCUGAAAAGGAGGCGAAGCGGGUCAAGAAGGCAAAUGAGAAGGCUAAGGAAAAGGCUAAGGAAAAGGCUAAGGAAAAAGCUAAGGAAAAGGCUAAGGAAAAGGCAAAGGAAAGGGCUAAGAAAAAGGCGGAGCAAUCAAAGGCGGAAAAUGAAGCCAAAAAACGACCAACGGGCACCGUGAUGGUGCACAUUGCUGGUGAGCUCGGCCUCUAUUACCAACUGUCGAUACCAAAACCAGGUGCUUCAUCGCCAGCUGGACAGAGUGCCCCAGUUCGGGAACAGCGCAAUCUGUUCAAGCACAAGCCAUAUCGAAAUAGGAAUCAUGACUCCCAAGUCCAAACAUCAGUGCCAACACUUCGGCUGCGUAUGCAGGCCUCAGGUGCUGCCCCAUCGCAAGUGGCAAUGCAGAACUCCAAUCCAAAGCCACAGCCACAGCCACAGCCACAGCCACAUCCCAAUCAGGUGGCAUCAGGAUUGGUGGCCAAGGCUGAUUCCAAACCGAAACCAAAUCGAGAAGAGAUGAGUGCAUCAUCAUCAGUAUCAUCAGCAGCCAUCGAGAGACCACAGCGAAAUGCUGAUGAGGCUGCAGGAUCAGCAGCAGGAUACAGAUCAGGCAUCUAUGAACAUAACAUGUGGCCGAAUUGUGGGGGCAUUUACGAGCUAUUUUGUAUUCCACCCAGAGAACCAGGACAGCAUCCAUAUCGAACGCAAUGCUCCAGAAAACAGCGGAUUGAUUGGGUUAACUACAGAUAUCGCCCGUUUCCUUCGCAGCGCCAAUUGAAGCGUUGUCACAUCGUUAAGACCUGGUUUUAGUUUAUAUGCAACUCGAAGUUCAAAUGAAACUUGUGAUUUGGAUUUAGAAUCGUCCAUUGAGCAAAACAAAGACUAAACUUUAUUCUUUGCACUUUGCAUUUUAUAUUUUACACUUUGCACUUUGCACUUUGCACUUUGCACAUUGCACCUUACACUUUACACUUUGCAUUUCACAAUUUACACUUUGCACUUUUUACUGACCUUUGUAAACUUGUAUAGAUCUCAUCUAAUAAAAGUUUUCAUACUCAACUAUAUCCUGCUAAUCCUGUUAAAUACCUCCUGCUGUUGCAGCAAGUUUGGGAUUGGCGAACGUGUGAGUUUCCACAACUGGCACUGGGAUUCGGUAAGAUAAUGCACCCAACUGACAACUGCUUUAUGAUCUCAUCCCGUUUGGCAUGCAGCCUGAUCUCUUCCAGAUCUCAUCCGGUUUCAUCCAAGACGAAUGGCGAUUGCAAUGGUUCUUAGGCCCGAGACUUAGCCACAGUUUGAACUACUAUAAUUAAGUGUCGAAAGGAUUACCAACGCCUACCCGUCGUGUGUUGUGAUUUACGAUUCCAAACUAUCAACUACCUGUUCCUGUGCCUGUGCCAGUGGGUGCUACCUGAACAGGUAUCCUCAUUAGCAUGAGACGACGACGCACCGGAGGAGGUGGCAUCUAAUGCGACUGAGUCGUGUGCCAUUCCAUUCACAGAGUCCCAUUCAUUCAGCAUUCAGCGCGUAUGUAGAACUGCUAAUCUCAUCCCAUUCCAAGUUCUUAACUCCAAAUCCAAAUACCCUUCCCAUUUGGCUUAGCAGUUGCUUUCGUAUUGCAGGCGAAUCCUGCAAUACCGUUGCACAAUGUCCUUACAGGAUCUGAUGCAGCUGCUCCAGUCGAAUGCUUGGGUGUGGAUCUGGUUGUGGGUGACAUUUGCAUCUGGCCUAAGACGACGACGAUCCCUAAGAUGCUCUAAGCCAAAUGGAUGGGCUCAUUGUGUUGUGUUUACUGGUUUCUUCCCUCUUCUUUUUUUUUGUCCAUUCAACAUUCAACAUGGAACAUUCAACCAGCUGCCAGAGAUUGACAAUGGAAAAGUGCACCCAUUUAUUGUCAGGAAAGUUCUUAUCCCUGGCCGAGAAUCUAAAGGUGUAUAAGUUAACACAAGCCAACGAACUAGAACAGUUGGCUCAGUGUGCGAAAUAUAAUAUCAAAAUGUAAAAGUGCUGACCCAGCAUUGGGCCGGAAACCCGUGCGCAGCCGGCAAACACAGCAUAUUUGCGUGGCCGCUGCGAGUCUUUGUUAGCUUUAAGUUUCAGUUUGUUUUUGACAUUAAUAAAGAGCGGCUGCUCGUCAAUCCUAUUACUCCGACUGAACGUCGUAAAA